AUGAAUUCUCAGCCUUGGUUUGCCACUGACAUCGCGGGCGCUGCUAAACAUGUGGAUGAUAGACGUAUGGGUAUCACAUUCGUUAUAUGCGCACCGACCUAUCAUGCAACAAACCUCUGCUAUGUCGCUGCUGCAUGGAGUAUCCUGUGGAUGUUGUUGCGUAUUCCUGGCCCCCUCCUGCCCGCUGCCACUAGUUUGUGGAUUCGAUGGCAGCGUUGGCAGGGCAAGCUCUCGUUUACAGCUGAUGAUCUUCUCAAUUUAUGGUCCAAUUAUUCGUAUCUCUCCCAACAUGGUUCUUGUCAAGCGGGCCUCCUGCCCGCUGCCACUAGUUUGUGGAUUCGAUGGCAGCGUUGGCAGGGCAAGCUCUCGUUUACAGCUGAUGAUCUUCUCUCAAUUUAUGGUCCAAUUAUUCGUAUCUCUCCCAACAUGGUUCUUGUCAACGAUCCUGCUGCGCUUACAGCCGCAUUUGCUAAGCAAAAUCUGGACACAGCACCCAAAGCUAUUAGGGCUCUUCGCAUUGGUGGUCAUGACUGGACAGUCACCUACCCGCAGAUGGAUAUUGCUCGUCCACGUCGUCGGCCCGUUAUGAUGGCUACGACGACACGGCAUUUGAAGUACUGGCUUCCCCUAUUUGAAACAUAUGUUGGCGAAAUGGUAUCAAAUAUUACGCGCGCCAAUGGGGAAGAGUCGGUUGAUAUAGUACAUCAACUCCGCAUGACAACCUUGUACAUCAGCCAGAUUAUUCUAGGCGGAGCAUCUGUCCGUUUGAAGGGAGACGAGUUUCCCGAGGUUGUUGGCGAGUACAACUUUUUGGUCGUCUGGAGACUGGUGUUUCCCGAAUGGAUGAUUAAUUGGUUACGAUAUGGGCCAUCAGCCAAAGCGCGCUACCGCAUCAAGUCUAGCGAAUUGUUGUACAAGCUUGGGGAAGAUCUUUACAAACAAGCCGAGGCUACCAGCGGCCCCAUGGACGAGGAAGAAGCCCCAAGUGUCUACCAGUGUUCACUCAAAAUGGCUGGUCAACUUCUUGCGGCCACCGAAACCACUUCCUCUACCAUUGCAUUUAUUAUGUACGAACUGGCAAAGAAUCCGGGACUUGUCGAACAUUUAUAUUCGGAACUUCAAACAGUUACGGGAAACAACGAACUAGACACAUUAAAACUCUUGGAUGCUACAAUCAAAGAAGGGCUGCGCUUCCGCCCACCCGUAGCAUUGACUGGAAGCCGCGUUGUCCCUAAAGGGGGGUUGGACGUCAUGGGAUACUUCGUUCCCGAAGGGACUGUACUUACUACUCAGGCACUGAGUAUAUGUAGACAGCGUCCUGAUUUAUUCCCGAAUGCUGAUGCAUUUGACCCAUCUCGAUGGCUCGAGAGUGAGAACUUGGAUGAAAGGCGAAAGUUGCUUGUACCAUUCGGCGUCGGAACUCGUCGCUGUCCAGGUGGCAACCUCGCCGUUUAUCAAAUGCGCCUUAUUAUCGGGGCUCUCAUCCGUAAAUUCAAGAUUGCAGUAGCGCCAGAGACAACGCCAAAGUCCAUGCGACCUUUUGAGGCGAAUGGGUUCCGUUCUCGUUACGACCGCUGCCAUCUGAUCUUUACACCGCGCGAGAAAGUGUGA